AUGCUACAGAAACGAUGGACGAUAUUAAACAAGAAAAAGAAAAAGAAAGGACGACGACCUGUGUUAAAAAGAAGGAAAGUCAAAACCACGCGUUUUCGCCUCAGACAACCAAACCAAAUAGAGGAUGAAAAGAGCAAAGACGACAACGAAAUCGACGAAGAUAAUGUCGAAACAACGACGUUUGCGGAUUUGAGCAGAGGUCGACCGCUUACUGAGCUGCUAUUUACUACAAGAUCACCAAAAACUAUUAUUUUAUCUGAUAAAAUUCUUCCAAAGUCUAGAAGUCGAGAUAUUGAGAUAAUUAUUCGUCCAGAUACAAGAAUUAAAGACCUAAAAGAUGACACUACUACAACACCACCUAUUAAAUCAGAUGAUAACCCCCCAGCAGAUCGCAACCUAGUCAAGGAGAAGAAACCUCGAUUUACUGGAGUCCGUCAGAGAAGCAGGGAAGAUAGAAAGAAUAUCCUGUUUCCUCCCAGAAUUAACAAGGCACCGGGCAGAAUAACAUUUCCCCGAGGGUCUAAGAUUGCGGAUAGGAAUGUCAAAUCAAAUAAUGAUGAUAAUAAUUCUGAAAAUGAGAUCAGUGUAGAAGAUGUGGAUGACUUCAAGGUCCAAGAAAAGGAUUCUGGACUACGGAAAAAAGUUAAAUUUCCCAAUUUUGAAACAGGAAUAACAGGGGGGACCGGACUUCUGGAAGUAAUAGAGAUUACCUCUCCUGCAACCAGAAUCCAGAAUGCAAGGAAUCCAGAUACUAAAAUCUCAGAUGUCCAAACAUCGAAAACUAGAAAACUAAGAAUUUCAAAGGCAAAAGUUCCAGAGCUCAGAGCUCCUAUAGCUCCACUCCCAAAUGGGAGUGUCUCAAAACAAAAAGUAUCAGAGGAUAGGACACAAGAAAAAAUAGCUCCUGAGUUAGGAUUUCCUGAAGUACGGGGUCCAGAGGCCAGAGUUCCAGAGUCCAGAGUUGCUGGAGGAAGAUCUAGAUCUCGAGGUGGAAGAGUGCGUGAAGGAAUCUCUCAUCUCAACACUGUCACCUUCAGACCAAGAUCCCAGUCUGGUACAACUGAAACCAGUUCUUUCAACCACCAGGGUAUUCAAAGAAUGCAGGACAAGACACCGGAAGACUUGAACUCUGGUUUCCCAAACUUCCCAACAAGACAACAUGACAGAGACCACAGGGUUGAAUCUUCUGAAUCUAACGGACAGGGAAGGAAGGAGGAUGCAAAACCUCUUGUCAUAUUUGAAUCUCAGCGAAGUCCCCAAUCUCAGAUCCAUGGAAGGAAGCCUGCACAAAUUUUCCCUGCUGUACCAGAUAGAAAUGUGAUCAAUCCAGAAACCAUAGAUUUGGUUGAUAAUCCCAGUUUUAUCUCACAGCCUUCAGCUUUUGAUAAUCCACCUUCUCUUGGAAAGGAUGAAUCUGGGUUAAGACCUAAACCAUCCGUAUUUGAUGAUCAGUUGUUUGAUCUUGGAAAAGGAUCAAACUCUGCACAAGAAGAACAAGGGUUUGAGUCAAUUAAUCAAUCUACCCCACCUUCUUCCAUAUUUCCAACCCAAAUAUUAAGAACUUCCUCAAUAACUCCUAGACCUCUGCAGCAAACCUCACCUGUGCCUAAACAAGGAUUUGUAGAGUCUGUUCAAUCUGCUGGGGAAAAAGGUCACAUUUCUUUUCCCAGGCCACCUAAUCCUCAGACCUCCCAAUUUGAUCAACCAGAGUCCAAUAUUCAUAUCGCUCCACCAACAGAAUCAGUGCAACCUGGCCUAACUCAUCCCAUUCCUCAUCCAAUCCCAUCCUCAACAACAGAAUCAAAUAAUCUUCCUUCUUUUAUAAACUUUCCGGUAGUUCCAACUUCUUCAUUUGAACAUCCUACUAUACAACAAAACUUUGAUAACACAGUUGGUCCCGUUAGAGACUUCAUUCCUAUUUUUGAUAGACCAGAACAGACUGUGUUUCAGGAACCUCUGCAAAUUCCUGAAAGUCAGCUUCAGCCUGGAUUCAUUCCGCCUCCUCAGGUCCCUAUAAUUGAACCAGAAGCUCCUAUAGGUCUUUCCAAUGUUGAGUUUGAGGAACCACCAAGAGAUUUUACCUUUCAUCCAGUUGUAAGAACUCCUGCAAACCCUUCCCUGCUCAGAGACUUUAAAUUCCAAGAGGUUGUUGGCAGCCCUCAGAACUCUCCAGAGCUAAGGCACAACAUGGUUUUCACUCACCAAUCUCCUCACUCAGCACAUGUGCAAUCAACUCAUGCACAAUCUAUAGAUGAUCAUCAACCUCCUCCUCUACAUAGAGAACCCCAUCAUUUCCUUCCUGAAGGAAGACAUGAGCAUACCAAUAAAUUUCACAACUCUGAUUUCAUCAGUCCAGUUUUUCAACAAAACAAACCUUUUAUUUCCUUUGGACAAGGUAUUAUUGAACCAGUACCAAGACCAAGACAUAGAGAACAAUUUAGAGAUCAUGGUCGUCGCCCCCUCAAUCCAACUCACCCUCCCAUACGACCACACCCAAAGCUCUUUAAUUCAAAAGCUAACGGACACUUUCCUCCAUUGGUCCAUACAGCAACUCCUCGUCCAUUCUUUCAAUCCACUUCCCCUGAACAAAAUCCAAGUGUAGUCCAGCAUUCCACACCUAUUCCUCAGAUACAUCAUGAUUUUCAACAUCAUUCAACACCCCAACCUGUCUUCCUUGACUCUAAAAGUCCCCAGUCAAAUUAUGACAUUCAUCCUGACCAGAGAAGUCCUGGCCGUAUUCUUCCAUUUCAGAACCAUGGAUUACAAUAUAACAGUAUUUCUUCUUUUCGUCCUGAAUCUGUGCCUUCAGCCAAUAUAGUUCAUUCUCAUCCUGCAGUUCAUUCUUUUCCUGAUCCUGAUGAGGAUGUUAAUCCUCAUAUAGAUGCAAAUUUACAUCUUUCACACCACAGUAAUCAUGUUUUUGAUCCUCUUCACCCUAAUUCUGUUAAUCUUUCCCCAGUAAUCCCUCCACAUCACCCAGAGCAAAACAAUGGUCACACAAGAAAACCUUCAAUAUUUUUUCUUUCUGAUUCAUCUAAAGAAUCAUUGCCUUUUGGCACUCCUACUCCUAUACCUGCAGUUAUACAUUCCUCAACACCAAACCCAUUUAAGUUAGAACCAACUCCAGGUUCCCAUGUAACUAUUCAGCACUUUCCCAGUCCUUCGCCCAUUCCACUUAUUUACCAGCCUAAAGGAAAACUUGAACCAUUAAGGCCAUUUAUACACCUUUCCUCUACAGAGAGACCUCAGGCUCUGCCCUAUCAUGGUGAACCAACCCCUCUUCCAUACCAACACCCGUCAACUAAACCUUAUGACAGUUCUUAUCCUUCAGAACAUCCAUCUUUUGAGUCAGGUCACCCUCAUCAAGGAUUUGCUCAUGACCAUCCGACACCUCUAACAUCUCAUCACCCAUCUCCAAGUCCAGUUCAUCUUCAUCAUUCAACACCUCCACCUCAUCAUCCAUCCUCUCAUCAUAAACCGUCUCAUCCUCCUCAAGCUCAUCUUCCUACUCCUACUUCUCCAACCCAAACUGUUGUCCACUCUCAUUCCCUACCUCCCAAACAUCAUCUUCCUCAUGUAUAUUCCUCUACUCAACCUCCACAUUAUCACUCCACACCAGCUCCAUUUUAUCAUACAACUCCUGCUAGUUUGCACUUCUCCAGUCCUGCCCCAAUAUACUCAACUACCACUCCAUUAUACUCUUCUUCACCUGCUCCUGGAUAUCACACUACUUCAACUCCUCUAUACCCUUCCUUUCCUCAUCCUCAUUACCACUCAACUCCAGCCCCACUUUACUCCACCCCUGCUCCAGUAUACCACUCUACAACUACAGUGUCACCUUAUUACCAGUCAAGUCCCCAGCCAGCUUAUUAUUCAACAAUAUCACCCCUGUAUCCAUUAGCCUCUAAACAUACAACCAAUACAUUUUCAUCUUUCCCAUUUACAGACUAUUCACCAGUUAGUCAUUCUACAAGGGCACCAAGACUUGCCUCAGCCCACUCAGAGUCCAAUCCAGUUGUCGUUCCAGGACCAAGCAAGCAAGAAGACAAUUCUGAAGAUCAAAGUACAUCUGACACAAACAAUAAGGACAGCAUGGUCUUAGCUGAAACAAUAAAUGAAAAAGACAUCACUGUGAUUUCAGGUCAAUCAGAUAAAAAUGAGCAUUAUCUAUCAACCAAUGGACAUGGGCUACCUGCUCAUUUAAGUCAUAGUUAACCCAAUCUGUGAGUACAGUAAUUAUCUAGUCAAAAGUAUCAAUACUAGUUCAUUUAUUGGAGUGGUAACAAAACAUUGAUUAUCAAAAGUCAAAACUUCGAUAAUACAGAACGUCAAUGUUUUACACCAGUCAACAUUUGCAUUAUCAAUGUUUUGUUUUUCGACGAUUUGUUAAUCAACGUUUUGUACCCACUCCCAUUUAUAGGUAAUUAAUCUAAUUAUGAAUACAUUAAUUUAUUUUCUAGUCAGUUCAUUACGAACACUUGAUAAUAAAUCGUUUUAGCAAUGAA